AUGAUAUCAUCUUCUUUUUCAUCAAAACAAUCAUUAAAUCAACAACUCUAUCAUUCACAAUAUUCGACCUCAUCCAUAUAUUGUACAAAUAAUGCACAAUCAUUAAUUAACGAUAAUUCUAUACCUAUCACAUCAUUUUUCAACAAUGUACAACACAUUACAGUAACUGGAUAUAUCAUUUUUAUUGGAAUUAUUCGAUCGAAACAACAAAUUAUUCUUUUUGGUAGUCCAGCAAAUAAAGCAGGUCUUCAGGUUGGUGAUCGUAUCAUUGAGGUGAAUGGUUAUCCAACUGAGGGCAAAAGUCAUGCAUACAUUGUUAAACUUAUUCAUCAAUUAAAUUCUAGUUUAAACAGAUCGAUUCGAUACGAUAUAAUCGAUUAA